CCCUAAAGGAGAAAGGGUUUAGGGUUCUUGGGAUGAAGCGAGAGCGCGAGAAUGCGGUAGAGGCUGCGGGCUCGAGGAAGCGGUCGAAAUUCGCUUCUGUGGAUCGAUCGAGUGGCAAAGCGGUGGCUGUGAGCCAGAAUUGGAUGGAGCUGCGAUCAGUUGGUAAGCUGGGGAUUUGUGCGAAGAAGCGCAAGGAGAUUUCGAUCGCGUCAGAGAAGAAAGAAACCACGCUCCAAAAGCUCCCAGAGCCUUCCAGCACUGAUUCCAGCGUAACAAAGGUCCUUGCGAUGGAUUGCGAAAUGGUGGGAGUUGGAUUUGAGGGAAAGAAAAGCGUUCUUGCUAGAAUCAGCCUGGUGAAUGAGCAUGGGAACAUAGUGUACGAUGAAUAUGUGAAACCCAUGGAAUUUGUCACGGAUUUUCGCACUCACGUAAGCGGGAUUCGCUACAAAGAUAUAAAGAAUGGGAAAGCUUUUGCAACCGUGCAACAAGAAGUAUCCGACUUGUUAUCCGGGCGUAUACUAGUCGGGCACGCUUUACAUUAUGAUUUUAAGGUUCUCUUGUUGAACCAUCCGAAAGCUGAUACUCGGGAUACUAGUCUCUAUGCUCCAUUUCGCAGUGAGCAUGGGCGACCGAGAUCCCUCCAGCAUUUAGCUGCGCUGUUUCUCGACGCUAAAGUUCAAGAUGGCGCUCAUUCUUCGGUGGAGGAUGCCCGAAGUGCAAUGCUACUAUAUCAAAAGUUUAGAUCGGAAUGGGAGAAAAGCGUGUGGAAACGACACAAGAAAUCGGUUAAGCAGUAAGUUUCUUUCAGGCGAUAGAACUAUACACAGAGCUUUGUCCCGCAGGUGUCAAGAGGGAUGUAAAUCCCUUCCAUAGCCGGGAGCUAAACGAGCUCUCUCCCGGGAAAGAAUUGUUAAUACUGUCACCGGACAUUAGUUCCAGUGGAA